AUGUUGUUCGAUCCUCAUUCCGUUGUCGUUUACCCGAAAGAACGCACACUGAAACCUUACCACACGAAUGAAGAGGUAACUGAAUAUCAGUAUCACAGCACAACCGCCUCACAAUAUCCCGGCAAGUACGCUCUCAAUACGUUCAGUUCGCUGCCUGAAGUACCUCUCAAUUCCAGUAGUCGCGCUGGUUCAGAUUGUCACGCUAGCCCCACUCGCCACGCUGCUUCCAGUCGCCACGGGAGUACUCCAUCACGUUCUCCAACGCUUCGCUACCAACCACCGGGACGCACACUUGCCGUAAGCCCAAAGGAAGCCCCGAAUCCGCUCAACACAGUCGUGCCAAUCCAGCCAGCGACCAGCAGUCGUCCCGGUCCUGUGUUUGAGACAGGAGACGGGGUCUUCCGAAAUCCGUUCUCAGGCAAGUACGCUCCCAAUACGUUCAGUUCGCUGCCUGAAGUUCCUCUCAAUUCCAGCAGCCACGCUGAUUUUAGACGCCACGCUGAUUCCAAUCGCCACGCUUGUCCCAGUCCUGUGUUUGAGACCGCUCCUAGUGUUUCGACUGCCGCUGACCCUGAACCCGAUCCCCUCUCACAACUGAGAGUGUAUUAUCAAAAUACCAGAGGACUUCGCACUAAAAUCGAUUCGUUCUUCGUAGCAGCUGCGGAAGCGGAGUACGACGUCAUUGUGUUGACGGAAACUUGGCUCGAUGACGUUAUAUCUUCAACUCAGCUGUUUGGUAACGCAUAUACAGUGUACAGAACUGAUCGCAGUAGGCUAAACAGCAGAAAAACAAGAGGUGGUGGAGUUCUAGUGGCCGUUUCGUCCAGUCUUCAAUCUUGUAUUGACCCUUCGCCUGUUAGUAAUCGGCUAGAGCAACUCUGGGUGAAGGUUCAUCUUAAUGGGUUUGAUGUCAGCGUUGGAGUACUUUAUCUACCCCCGGAUUACAAAAAUGACCUGUUCCUCAUUCAGCAGCACUUGGAAUCCAUCGACUCUAUUAUGUCCGGUUUAAGCCAACACGAUUAUGCCCUACUUUUUGGUGACUACAACCAUUCGGAGAUGCUUUGGUUACCUUCUGAGGAUGGUGGCCUUAAACUUGAUACUAGAGGUUCAAAUCUCACAGGUCCCGGUAGUAUACUAUACGAUGGCUUUUGCUUCCAUAACUUGACGCAAAUUAAUUCGGUUAAAAACGCCAAUAGCGGUAUUCUUGAUCUGGUUCUGGUGAAUGACUUGUCACUACCAGCCUGUCAUCUUUCCGAAGCAGUCGAAGCGCUCGUUGUAGUCGAUACCGCUCACCCCGCAAUAGAAAUCGAUAUUGUGAUGUCUCUACCGGUAAAAUACGAGCAGGCUCCAGAAGGCGCGCUUUUCGAUUUCCGUCGUGCUGAUUAUGAAGUGCUCACCAAAGACAUUUUUUCAAUUAAUUGGCAAUUUUUGGACUCAGAUCUUAAUUUGGAUGACAUGGUUGAAUCGUUCAGCAGUGAAAUUCGACGCAUUAUUGAGCAUCGUGUCCCUUUCAAGCGUCCUCCGUUAAAACCACCCUGGACAAACCGAUACCUCCGUAAACUGAAAUGCCGAAGAAGGUCAGCACUUCGAAAAUACCGACGGAAUCGUUCUCCUCAGCUGAAACGUUGUUUCGUGUUUGCUAGCAACAAAUACACUAGCUACAAUCGACUUUCAUACGCUCGAUAUGUUGACCGAGUUCAGAGGAAUCUUCGACUACACCCAAAACGCUUUUGGUCUUUUGUAAAGUCUAAGCGCAAGGAAGAUGGACUACCGACGGCUAUGCACUUUGGAGAAUCUUCGGUAGAUACUGCUUCUGGAAAGUGUAACCUUUUUGCGCAACACUUCAAGUCUGCAUUCUCGGGCGCCGAUGUCACGCCUGCACUAAUCGCUGAGGCCAUCCGUGAUACUCCAUCGGAUGUAAUCGAUUUUGGUAUUUUCGAUGUCACUGAAGAACACGUUCUUAAUGCAAUUCGGAAGCUGAAGUAUUCUACGUCACCUGGACCUGAUGGCAUUCCGUCAUCUUUGCUGAAAAGGUGUUCCGCUGCAUUUUUAAUGCCAUUGACGAAGCUGUUCAAUCACUCGCUGCAACAAGGGUGCCAACCGUCUCCCCACCAGUUAGGAAUAGAAGACGAAGCGGGAGCAGAAGGGAAGGCCUUGGACCGAAGCAUUUUACCACAUCCGGCGCGUUGCUGUUUGUACUGCCUUGGAUCCAAGUUGGAUAAGGCCGGGUGGCGUUUGCUUGGAUGGAGUGGGAUCUGA